GAGGUGGGUCCUAUCCGCCGCCAUGCUGCAGAUUCUGUUCUUAAGCAGGCAUCGCGUGGUCCCGUGAGCUGCGGUGUGAUCGCCGCUGCCGGGAGCUGUAGGGGGAGCGCAGGCGAGCUCAGCAACCGCGCCAUGGUGAGCGCGGGGCCGCUGUCCCCGGAUGGGGAGGAGCGGUCGGCUGAGCCGCGUGAGCCGGGGUGAUAGGUCCUUCCCGGGGUUGGGGGAGCGGUGGGACCGGCCGGCCGAGCGGACACCCUGUGCGUUCCACUGGGCGACGUGGGCCCCGUCACUGGCCAGUGCUUGUCUCGGAGGACUCUAAUCACUUCCGCUUUUCCAGCCAUGUCUGCGCAGAGCGCGGGGAGCGGAAGACUCCUCCUAAUCAGGGGGUAGCUUCCGGGUUGGUGACGUCACCGCCCAGUGCUGGCGCCCUGUUUGUGCUUUUGGUGUCGCACUUAUGACUGCUGUGUUCUCUGCGCUGUGGUCUAGACGUUGUGGGCUUCGUAGGUCUAGCAUCAAGUGUGAGUUAAUUUUGUGAAAUUCUCCGAGUCUUUGUCCAAGAGUUUCUUUCGGAUGGUGUCCCAGAAACAGUUCUAGAAAAGAUUGUACUACUUUAUCAAAGUGAUCUCAGCGCCCUGGAAGUGGUGGUCUAAAUGUCCUGACUAACUGUGCAUCUCCGAGUUUGCUGCGGAGGGGCUUCUCUACCUCAGACGGGGAGGAGCAGUUGUUUAGCUUGAAGAAGUAAGGAAAGGGCCACCAGGGAGCUGCUGUUAAGGAUGGAGGGAAUGGUAGCACAGAUAACCAACAGGAAGACUCUGGGUCUGCCAGGAACUUUCAGGGAGGACUAACUGAGGUGAGAAGACCCUGUCACCGUCGUAGAGUAGGUGGCACUUUGAGAAGUCCAAAGAAGGAGCAGCGUUCCUUCCCUGCUUGCCUGACUUCUUGCUGGUGAGUGCAUCUGUCUUGCCACCGCUGCCACCGCCACCGCGUCAUCCUUCCCUGACACUGGAGUCAGCUUCUUGGGCCUUCCGGUGUGGACUGAAGAUCACUGAAGAAGCUCUCCCGGUGUCCUCUUCAUCAUGGAGGCAGCCAUUGUUGGACUCUCCAGGCCUGAUGAGGGUUUGGUGAGCUUUGAGGAUCUGGUGGUGCACUUCACCCAGGAUGAGUGGGAUUUGCUGGCUCCUUCCCAGAAGACUCUCUACGGAGAUGUGAUGCUGGAGACCUUCAGGAACUUCACUGCCGUAGGAUAUGAAUGGGAAGAUGAGGCAAUUGAAGACCAUUGUGAAGAUCCUGAAGUAAAUCUAAGGAACAUCGUCACUCACUCUGAAUACACACAGUAUGAACACGAGGAAUAUGAAGAGAAGCCACCUGAUUCUAAUUUUCUCACAAGUGUUGAAGGCCUUGAGGAAACUAAGACUUCGAGUGGACCGUCUGUGUGUGAGGUAUGUUUAAAGACCUUUGGACUGUACCACCUAACUUACAACGGACAUCACAACUAUGACUACAAGGAGCUCAGAGGAGGCCACACUGAAGAAAAUGAUUCUGAAGGUAACCAGUGUGAGAAAACUUCCGGUUCCCUUCAGAAAGAAGACAAAAUUCAUACUGGAAAAAAACUCUAUGUGUGUCAAGAGUGUGGUAAAGCCUUUAGGUAUCCCAGCGCCCUUCAGUUACAUGAAAGAAUUCAUACUGGAGAAAAACCCUACGAGUGUAAAGACUGUGGGAAAGCCUUUAGAGGUCUUAGUGCCCUUCACUUACAUGAAAGAAUCCAUACUGGAGAAAAACCCUACGAGUGUAAGCAGUGUGGGAGAGCCUUCACGUAUCUCAGUGCUCUUCAGUUGCAUGAAAGAAUUCACACUGAGGAGAGGCCCUGUGAGUGUAAACAGUGUGGGAAAACCUUUAGAUAUAGCAGGGCCCUCAAAUUACAUGAAAGAAUUCAUACCGGAGAGAAGCCCUAUGAAUGUAAACAAUGUGGGAAAUUUUUCAGAAGUCACAGGACCCUUAAGUUACAUAAAAGAAUUCAUACUGGAGAAAAACCCUAUGAGUGUAAAGAAUGUGGGAAAGCUUUUAGAUGGCUUACUUCUCUGAAGUUACAUGAAAAGAUUCAUACUGGAGAAAAACCGUAUGAAUGCCAAGAGUGUGGGAAAGCCUUCAGGUGUCAGGCGUCCUAUCAUAGACAUAAAAUAACUCAUGGUGGAGAAACAUUGUAUGAAUGUAAGGAGUGUGGGAAGUCCUUCAUUUAUCCCUCUUUACUUCAAGUGCAUGAAAGAACUCACACUGGUGAAAAGCCCUUUGAGUGUAAGCUCUGCGGUAAAGCCUUUAGGUGUCAGUCCUCGCUUCGACUGCACGAGAGAACACACACAGGAGAAAAACCCUAUGAGUGUAAGCACUGUGGCAAAGCCUUUUCAAGUUACAAUUACCUUCGAUUUCACGAACGAAGCCACACUGGAGAGAAACCCUAUGAAUGUAAGGAGUGUGGUAAAACUUUCACACAUCGCUCUUACCUUCGAUCACAUGAAAGAAGACAUACUGGGGAGAAGCCGUACCAGUGCGGACAGUGUGGCAGAUCCUUCAGCAGGCACAGUUCCUUUAAGAGACAUCAGUCAGUUCAUGGAGAAAGCCCAUAUGAACAGUAUCUAAUUCCAUUAUCCCCAUUUCCUUCAAAGGAAUGAAAGAACAGAUUGGUAACAAACCCUUUGAAUGUAAACAAUGUAGCAAAUUAUCCCAUCCACAUAAAACAGGCAGAAACUCACGACAAGGGGGAACCUUUUAUCUGUAAACAGUGUGGGUAGCCUUCAGGGGUCACAGUGUCCUUCAAAGAAGGAAUUCUUGCUGGGCAAAGUUUAUGUUUGUUACCAAUGUUGUAAGUGUGGAUUGUCACAUUUCCUUUCAAAGAAGUAAGUUAAUUCAUGUUGGGCAAAUGCCCUACGAAUGUAUAAGAUAUGGUUAAUCUUUCAUUUAUCUCUAUUUGCCUUAAAAUCAUGAAAGAACUCAUAGUGGUGAAAAAGCCCCACAUGAAUAUAAACAAUGUGGAAAGCCUUCAGGUGUCACAGGUCCUUUCACUAGCAUGGAUGAAAUGUCAUGUUGGAGAGAAAAUGGGAAUGUAAGGUGUGUUAAGACCUUGAGAUAGCAUUGUUUGCCUAGAUUCCGAGAAUGAAUUCCAACUGGAAAAAUUUCCAAAUGGAAACAGCUGUGAAGCCUUCAUGGUCACAGUUGUUUAAGAUGCUCAUAGUGUUGGAAGGUGGGCAGUUCUGUGAGUGUAAGGAGCGUGGGAAUUUAAUGGUUACUAGGAGAUGGACAUUUCCUUUGCAGUGGCUUCCCAUGACUUGCCUGUACUCUUGUAAAUACCCCAAAUUAAACUCCACGGUUCCUCAAGCCCACUUGGGUAGAAUCAUUCUUGGUCCCUGUCAUUGAUGCACGGUCUGGGGAGAACAGACCUUCGUAAAUGUCUUCAGGGUUUUAAAGUUGUGUUUACAUCCGUCUGAAACAUCCAGCAGGGGUGAAGGCUGUGCCCUAAUGUGCUGUGCUUCUUUCUGUUUUGGAUGGGUGCUUCAGCUGUCAACUUGACACAAUCUGGUGUCACCUGGGAAAGGAGUCUCACUAGUGACCUGUCUGAGUUAGGUUCGCCUUCACACAGCUGUGAGGGAUUUUCUUACUAGGAUGAUUUGAGGUAGGAAGACCCAUCCUGAAUGCUGUCAGUGCUGUUUUAUGGACUGAAUUAAAAAGGACAGAAGUAGCUGAGCGCAAAGAUUCCUUGCUGUCUGCCUUGGGAUUUAUGCGGUGUCAAGCUCCUGCCACCGAGACUGGCCCAUAGUAAUGGAUUGUAACCUGAAACUAUGAGCUGAAAUAAACCCUUUUUUCCGUAAA